UCUCUCUAAUCUUUCAAUUAUUGAGGCUGCUAUGGGUGGGGAGAGUUCAGCAGGCCGGUGUUGUCCGUUGGACUGGCUUGGUCAUACAUUUUCAAUGUCAAAGCCAGAAACUAGGUUUUCAUAUUAAUUAAAUUAAAAGUAAUGUCUGCCGCAUCUGUCAAUGGACCAAGAUUUGAAAUCAGUGAUCGUGGGAAAGAAAUAAUUGUGCAAUUGUUAGAAGAUAGAAGGAGACUUGAAGAGUUAAAAACUUAUAUAGAUCAACUUCGGAUGGAAUUUGAUGGGAGAGUUGAACAAAAGACCGCUAUCUAUCAAGCAGAAAAAGAACGUCAUAAGUUAAUAGACAAAGAGGAAAAAAAGGAGGACAAACUAGCCAAUCAAUUUGACUUGUCAAAUGAGAUUAUACAAGAUAACGAUGCUUUACGAUCUUUCGUGCCUGAGUACUUUCCACAGUAGUCACUACAAGACCUAGGGCCUUGGUGGGAGUUCGCCUAUGAUUUCCAUUCCGAACUUUAGUAUUAAUACUUAUGAUGAAAU